GCAUGCGCCGCAGUUCAGCUGAAGGACAAUGAAGGCGGCUGACGCUGUGUUGAGUAAUCGGGGAGUUCGUGUUCAGCGUUUCUUCAGUGUUUUUGAGCUAAAAAUGGGCUGCGGCGGUGGGGACAGACCUGUUGCUGUGGGCUGUGGGCGAUGUGAGCGGAUCUGCCCUGUUUUUUGAUGACCGUUUGGACUUUAGGAGGAAAAACCGAGUGAAAACCGAAGGCUAGCGAAUCCGUGUUUACUGUGUUUCGGUUUCCAGUGGAGAAAGCUGUGUUUCUGCCGGGCUAAUAAUCGAGCUAAACACUGGACUGGACUUUUAAACCCGGCCAGCAGACUGUCUGCACUUAGUCCUGAGAUCCUGACAGCCUGCAAAUAAACCAAAUAACCUUCAUCCUUUACUUCAGGAUUGUCCCUCAUAGGAACUACUUUUAUAAUGUCUGAAGUAAACAUUGCAAGGAAGAAAGAGAAGUGUGAGAAUUGCACUAAACAGUGCAAUAAGAAACAGAGUGAUGAUGCUCUAAGCUCACUGCAGGAGAGUGGCAUUGCCAAUGGAGAGGUGAGCGGACACACUCCGUCUCAGGCAGUGCUGCUGAGCGCAUGCCUGUCGUGUGAUGGCUGUGUGUCUGAAGAAGAGAGCCGGAGAAUCUCUCAGCAGAGCCUUCAGGGAAUCAAUCGUGUCCUAGCCCUUAAUAAGAAGUGUGAUGUGUCCAAGCACAAAAUGCUGGUGGUGUCUGUGUGUCCUCAGUCCUUGCCGUUUUUCGCUGUCAAAUUUCACCUGGAUAUCCCAGAAGCUGCUCAAAAACUCUGUGGCUUUCUGAAGAGUGUGGGAGUUAAACAUGUGUUUGACACUACACUGGCUGCUAGUUUCAGUAUUCUGGAGAGCCAGAAGGAGUUUGUACAGAGAUAUCGCCGCAGACAUCACGACACUCAUGCUAUGCCAAUGUUCACCUCUUCUUGUCCAGGAUGGAUCCGCUAUGCAGAGCAUGUGCUUGGAAGUCUGGUCACUCCACACAUCUGUACAGCACGAUCACCUCAGCAGGUCAUGGGCUCUCUCGUGAAAGACUACUUUGCCAGGCAGCAGAAGCUGACCCCAGAGCAGGUGUACCAUGUGGUAGUGGCUCCCUGCUUUGAUAAGAAGCUGGAAGCGGUGAGGGAGGAGUUCUAUAACAGCCUGCUGGACAGCAGAGACGUGGACUGCGUGCUGACCUCAGUGGAAAUUCUGCACAUGAUGGAGCAGAGUAAUGUUUCAAUGGAGAGCAUCAAUCCUGUUCCUCUAGAUCACGUGUUUGGCGAGAUCAAUGAUCCAAGCUUGAUGAGACAUGAUGGUCGAGGCUCUGAAGGCUUCCUGGAGCAUAUUUUCAAACAUGCAGCCAAAGAGCUUUUUGGGCUGGAAGUUGAAGAAAUUGUAUACAAGACUCUUAGAAACCGAGAUUUCCAAGAGGUGGUGCUAGAGCGUGACGGAGAGACUCUGCUCCAGUUUGCUGCAGUCUAUGGCUUCCGGAACAUUCAGACACUGGUGCAUCGCAUGCGGAAAGGCAGAGUGCCGUACCAGCUAGUGGAAGUUCUGUCCUGUCCAGGAGGCUGUGUGAGUGGCCGUGGCCAGGCUGAGGGAGAGGGAGGCAAGCCUGACCGUGCCCUGAUCCAGCAGAUGGAGGAGGCCUACAGUAGUCUGCCCGUCCGACUCCCUGAGGCCAACCCUGAGGUCCAGCGCCUUUACCAGGACUGGCUAGAGGGCCAGGACUCUCCUCACGCCCAGCAGAUCCUCCACACCAAAUACAGCAAACCCACACAGCCCCCCGCACAAACACUGAUCCCUGAUAUACAGUGGUGAGGAACCGGGGGGCUUUAAAGGGACCAUUUAUUUCAUGUAUAUCUGAAGAGAGAUGCAGCAGAGUUUCAUUAGUGACAAAGAAAAGUUUCCAAACAAAGACUAAGACUGAGGCUGGAGCUGUACUGUGAUCAUUCUGGCCACAGCCAGACGACUGCACAGAGUCCGUCCAAGAGACAUAUCACAUGACCUGAAAGCAACCAAUCCAAGGAGUUUUUUUUUUUUUUUUAAGUUAUGCAGUUUAUGUGCUUGUAAGUCUUCUUUCAUUGCUUAUAUAAAAGAUGUCAUAAAUGGAUUAUAAACUCAUAAGAGGAGCUUAGCAAUAACAUAGGGCAUUGUCUACUUACAAAAAUAUUAUGACCAUUGAUUUAAAUUAAUUACGAGUUUAUAUCUUGUCUGCACGGACUGUCUGUGUUUAUCUGGGCUUUACCCUAAAAUGACAAAAACAAAGAGUGCUAAAACCUAAUUAUUGGUGCCACAUUAUAAUAAAAAUAACCAAUCAGUGACCAAA